GCUCGCAGAGACGAGCCCAUCAGAUUUUGUUGCCACAGCAACGCUUUCCCUCUCUCCCAUCCUUUCACCAGCAGUCUGCUCGUCCGCUCUUUUCCCUUCCACUCUGCCCUUGUAUCGCGAGACUUGCGCGGCUUGGAAGGCAAACGCCACGGCGCUCAUUCGUAUCGCGUGAGUAGAGCCUGGAGGAGUUGAGAGAGGCGGUGACCUCAUCGUCGUGGCGAGGCGGAGCGAGUCGCAGCAACUUUUGGAUGAACUUCUGAUUUGAACAAACCGAGAGUCGGUCGGUAGAGUGCACGGACAGCGGCAGACACAAAGGUGAAGAGCCCCAGAGGUUUUUCUGCUAAGAAAUCUUUACAGCCGAUUUCUUUUAUCCUGUUCCGGCCGCGACGGUUUGUGUAUACCGGUGACUGACUAGCGAGAGCGUUAUUUUUUCCUCUCGAAAAGGGCAACAAGGUGGAAAUUAAUAAAGGGAAACCUCCUCUGACGACAGUCACACAAGUAGGGGAAACAGAGGCAAGGGAUUAAAGGAAGACAUAUCCUGGUCAUUGUUCAUCACUGCUGGAUAGAGCUGCCUCUCUGAAUUAAAGGAAACUGUUACUACUUGAAGUUGGGAAAGCUGUCAACUGUUUGCAGCUCACCAGUUCACUGCAGUUCACUGGCUUUAACAAGAUACCAGGAUCAUUAGUGAUUUGUGCACACAGGAGAUCCAGACAUCCACAGUCAAAGGAGAGACAUUUUUUAUUAAUCAAGGCCAGUUGCUGGUGGGUCCCAUCCAGACUGAAUAUAGCGCGAUUGCAAUGCAGACUGCCUUUUAGAGACUUCAGCUGUGAAAGCUCACCAUCAACACAUUUCUUGCUAUCAAGCUCCAGCUACAAAAAGCACCAAAUGUGUCCGUGAGACUCUGUUGUCACUUCACUCAGUGGGCAUUAUGUUGACCCUAAUCUAAACCCAUCAGCACCCCGUCCCUACCUUUCCCUCCCAUCUCCCCUCCCUGCACCCUUUCCCGUCUCCAUCAUGACCAGUCUGAAGCGAUCUCAGACAGAGCGCUCGGUCGGUGGCUCAGUGCCGGCUACUGAUGAGUUCUAUACUCGCCGUCUGCGACUGCCCAAUGGAGGGGCGCCACCACCCCGCAGCGAGAGUGCCCACAUCUCCUCUUCCUCCACCACCGGCACCAACCCCGGCGUCCCCAAGAUGGGGGUUCGGGCUCGUGUGGCUGACUGGCCCCCAAGGAAAGAUGGGGGAGGAGGGGGUGUUUGGCAUAUUACUGUGGAAACAGACUCACCCAGCUCUACCAACACCACCAGCUCUUCAGGAUCAGGAAGUGGAGAUAGAGAAAGACUUGGAGGAGGGGGAGGCGGUGGUGGAGGAGGAGGAGGAAGUGGAAGUGGUGGUAGUGGAGGCAGUGGAAGUGGAGGGGUAUCGGCUGUCACAGCCCACAGCAAUCUGUCAGCCAAGCUUGGCCAUCUGAUAAGCCCACAGGACUCAUCCAUGCUGCGCAACAUCCACAACACACUUAAGAGCAAGAUGCAAAGCAAGGGAAAGGACAAUCGCUUCCUGUCACCGGAUGGCUAUCUGGGCUCCCCUCGCAAAGGCAUGAGGCGCAUCCGCCAGCGUAGUAACAGUGAUAUAACUAUCAGUGAGCUGGAUGGGGACAGCAAUGAGGGCUGGUCCUUCUCAGGGUGGACACCCAUGCACCGUGAGUAUGGCAGCACUUCAUCCAUAGAUAAACACGGUGUGUCAGGAGAGAGCUUUUUUGACAUGCUAAAGGGAUACCAGUCCUCUGAGGCCCCUGAUCAGCGAAGUCCAGCUCCAGAGAGGCUAACAGAGCUCCUUACUGUGGCCCCCAUUAAACAGGCUGCCCUUGACCUGCCAGACGGACCAUUAGGUCCAGCCAGAGGUAGUCCUGCCAGUCGGCUGAAGGAACGAGAGAAGCACUUGAAGAGGAGAUCAAAGUCAGAGACGGGUGGAGAGUCUAUAUUCCGUAAGCUGCGCAGUGUGAAGGUGGAGGGUGAUACAUCGAGAGCUGGCUCUGAUGCUGAAGAUGGGGGGAAAGGAGAUGAGAGUGGCCCACCUCCCAAACCCUGGGUUUGCCAAAAAGGCUUUGCCCAUUUUGAUGUUCAGUCUCUUCUGUUUGACCUCAAUGAAGCGAUCCAAAGUCGGCAGUCUGGAGCCAAACGCAAGAAUACCACAACCGGUGCCUCGGCUGCUGCUGCCGCCUCUGCUUCAGCCACCUCCUCCCUCUCCUCCAAUCAGAGUGGAGUGUAUGGGUCACCCUGUGGCUCACAAGAGGAGUUGAGCAAGGACGGGGCAGGAGGACACGGUACCAAUCCCGCCUUGGACCCUGGUGAUGACAAGAGCAAUGAUCUGGUGCUCAGCUGCCCUUGCUUCAGGAAUGAGAUAGGAGGAGAGGGUGAGAGGAACAUUUCUCCUGCUAAACAGCAGGGCAGCAUAGGUAGUGGUGGGAGCUCAAGCAAUUCUUCUGGCAGCACAGAGGAAGGACCUUUGGAUUCCACCCUCACUACCCAUUUUACCAACGCUGGUGUGGCUGUGUUGGAGGCGCCCAAGGACGGGCCAAGCCAACAUGCUGACAGGUCCAAACGAUACAUCAUGGAACAUGUUGACCUUGGCGCCUAUUACUACCGAAAGUACUUCUACCUCAGAGAACACUGGAACUAUCUGGGAGUAGAUGAGAAUCUGGGCCCAGUGGCAGUGAGUCUGAGGAGGGAGAAGCUGGAGGAACACAAGGAGCAUGGCCAGCAGUACAACUACAGAGUCAUCUUCAGAACGAGUGAGCUAAACACCCUGAGAGGCUCCAUCCUGGAAGACGCAGUGCCUUCCACAUCCAAACAUGGCCUAGCUCGAGGCCUGCCUCUCAAAGAGGUGCUGGAGUACCUUGUGCCUGAGCUGAAUGUUCACUGCCUGCGCCUGGCACUCAACACACCUAAGGUUACGGAACAGCUGAUGAAGCUGGAUGAGCAGGGGCUGAGUUUCCAGCGGAAGGUCGGGGUGAUGUAUUGCAUGGCAGGACAGAGCAGCGAGGAGGAGAUGUACAACAACGAAUCAGCCGGUCCUGCACUUGAGGAGUUCCUUCAUCUGCUCGGGGAGAGGGUUAGACUCAAAGGCUUCAGCAAGUACCGAGCUCAGCUCGACACCAAGACUGACUCGACAGGCACCCACUCUUUGUACACCACUUACAAGGAUUAUGAGAUCAUGUUCCAUGUGUCUACCAUGCUACCCUACACACCCAACAAUAAGCAACAGUUACUGCGGAAGCGUCAUAUUGGGAACGAUAUCGUCACGAUUGUGUUUCAGGAACCUGGGGCACUUCCAUUCACUCCCAAAAACAUUCGCUCACACUUCCAGCAUGUCUUCGUGAUUGUGCGGGCGCACAACCCCUGUUCUGAGAACAGCUCCUACAGUGUGGCGGUCACUCGUUCCAAAGAUGUGCCCUCCUUCGGUCCCCCAAUCCCAGAGGGUGUGACCUUCCCCAAGUCCUCUGUGUUCCGGGACUUCCUGCUGGCCAAGGUCAUUAAUGCAGAAAAUGCCGCUCACAAGUCGCACAAGUUCCGUGCCAUGGCCACCCGAACACGCCAGGAGUACUUGCGUGACCUGGCCGAGCGCCACACCACCAGCACGCCCAUUGACCCCUCUGGAAAGUUUCCUUUCAUCUCACUGGCCCACAAGAAAAAGGAGAAGAGCCGGCCGUAUGGAGGGGCAGAGCUGCGUAGCCUCGGGGCGGUGACCUGGCUGGUCCACGCUGAGGACCAUGGGACUGGAGGGGAGCUGGAGGCUCUUCUGGCCAUGUCCAAUGACUUUCUCAUCCUGUUGGACCAAGAGGCCAAGGCUGUGGUGUUCAACUGUGCCACUAAGGACGUGAUUGGCUGGACGCUGAGUAGCCCUGCAUCGUUGCGGAUUUUCUAUGAGCGUGGAGAAAGUGUGUCUCUGAGGAGUAUCAGUAAUAACACCGAGGAUUUCAAAGAGGUGGUCAAACGUUUAGAGUUACUGACUAAGGGCUGUGAGACAUCAGAGAUGACGCUUCGCCGAAAUGGCCUGGGGCAGCUCGGCUUCCAUGUGAACUAUGAAGGCAUCGUGGCUGAGGUGGAGCCGUACGGGUAUGCCUGGCAGGCAGGACUGCGACAGGGAAGCCGAUUGGUAGAAAUCUGCAAGGUUGCCGUAGCAACGCUGACUCACGAGCAGAUGAUUGACCUUCUGCGGACCUCAGUGACAGUGCGUGUUGUUAUCAUCCCACCACAUGAUGACGCCACUCCACGCAGAGGCUGUUCAGAGCUCUAUCGAAUGCCUGUGUCUGAAUACAAAAGCAGCAGCAGCGAUAGCGGCUCCUUUGAAUACAAGUUCCCCUUCCGCAGCAACAACAACAAAUGGCAGAGAACGUCCAGCAGCCCUCAGCAGUCACUUACUGCCUCGCCACAGCCACACACGCCCAACCGGGCCAUCAGCCUGGGUAGCUCCGUGGGGAAGACCCUGUCAGCUGAGAGGCUGGAGAGGGGCGCAGUCAUCCCACGCAGCGUCAGCAGUGAUGGUCGACCCCUAGACACCAAAAGGAUGUCUCCUGGCAGUGAAAGCUACAGCCUGGCCUCCUCCCUGGCGCUGGGUCGUUCCCCUCACAAUCGAAGCUCUCCGAGCAACCUGUCUUGUUCCAGUGACGCCUCUGGAAGCUCUGCUCACUGGAGACAGAAGUCCAUGCCUGAGCAGUUUGCAGGCAACCGCCAUUCUCCAAUGUCUGCAGAGAGACGAGAGGUGGUUGGAGAGGGCGGUUCCAGUGGAAAAUCCACUCCCAAUUGGUCAAGAAUGGAGGAGGGGGGAGGAGCAGAACGAGGGUCAACAGAGGCCCCAGUCUCCAAGUCUGGUCAAGGCUACUCUGGAGCUCCCCGCAUCCAGAGGCAAGAGCAGGUCAUCCACUUGUCCCCGAAGAAGGGCAGCCAGUCGGACGGCCCUUACUCUGGUCACUCCAGCAGUAACACUCUGUCCAGCACAGCUUCCAGCGGGGGCCACAGUGACAGUGACAAAUGGUAUGAAAUGGGAGCAGGUGGAGGCUCCAGUGGGGACCAGGGUGACACAGAGCCCAACGGCCUGGGAGGAGGAGGUUAUCUCCAGGGGGCGUCGGCCGACAGCGGCAUUGACACCAGCUCUUAUGGAGCCCCUCACCACGCCCAUCCACACUCUCAUCAUGGCAGCACCACCUCCCUGCUGGCACCCAGCGGCAGCAGAGAGAGCAGGGAGCGGUCAGCGUCUCCAUGGCACAGCCCCACCGAGGGUGGCCGCAGGAUGCUGGAGAGGUCGCCUGCUGCUGCAGAGUCUCCAGGACCUCCGGGAGAAAGGAGCCUAGACGGGACAGGUCGAAGCCCACCCACUCAUCUCCUUGUUAGAGAUAGCAGCACCUACAGCCUGAGUGAUGCUGGAUCACACUCAAGGCACUCAGGCCACAGUUCCCCCAGAGAGGAGUCAUCAUCUUCAGCUACCUCUCCUUCAUCCCAGUCCUCAGUUUCCCCUGGGCCCAAAAGCUUCUACCCCCGCCAAGGAGCUCAGUCCAAGUACCUGAUUGGCUGGAGGAAGCCAGGCUCCACCAUCAAUUCUGUUGACUUUGGAGACACACGCAAGAAGUCUCCAGGGGAGAGUGGAGUAGAGGUUGUUCCAACCCCUGCAGCCAGGCCCUCUCUGCGGGAUAUGCACUCGCCCCAGCCUCAUGCUAAAUCGACUAUUGAGGAAGACGUGAAGAGGCACAGUGCCCCAGACAGUCCCCCACCACCCCGCAGACAUAAGGAAAAGCAUGGCCAGAAAUCACCACCAGGCCAGCCUCUCAGCCGCCGUCGCUCACUCCAUCGUACCCUGUCAGAUGAGAGCAUCUAUCGUGGACAGCGCCUUCCCUCCCUGAGCGACUCUGUGGCUGAACCGGCACUCAGCACUGACGUUCUCUUCAGCUGCUCUACCCUCCCACGCUCACCCACCACCCGCGGUGUGCCCCUUCGACGGCCUUCCUACAAGCUAGGUGUCAAACUCCAUGGUGACCUCUCGGCAUCUGACACAUCACUGGUAGAUUUGGUGGAGCGUCACCGUGGACCUCUCCCUCAGGAGCUGAUGCCCCUCCCCUCUUCAGAUAGGGACAGUCCUCUAGAGUGGACACACUUGGUGGAUGUGGCCAGUACCUUUGAGAGUGAGAGAAACACACACUACGUUCAGAGAAGUUAUGUGUUUGGGGAUUCAAACCACCGAAGCAGUGGGGCCUCCAGUCCACAACAGCCCCACAUAGAGUUGCAGCCUGUUCCACUGUCACGGCCAUCAUCUAGUGAGGGUCACAUAGGGCUGGAGAGGAAGGUGACUAAACUGGAGGCCAUGGUGAAGAUGCUCCAGGAGGACCUGAAGAAGGAGCGUGAAGAAAAGGUGCGGCUUCAAACUCAGAUCAAAAGGCUCUGGGAGGACAACCAGAGACUGCAGGAGGAGUCCCAGACCUCUGCUGCCAAGCUCAAGAAGUUCACAGAGUGGGUCUUCAACACCAUCGACAUGAACUGACACACUCCUGCACAUUUCAGCUCUCUCUCCUCUCUCACACACACACACACACACACACACACACAACUAAAUACAUCAGCAUACAUAGUCUGGAAGGAGACGCAGAGGGAGGGUCGACACAGACAAGAAAUUUGUGCACAGGAAAAGUGGAGUCUUGUUGUUAAGAGUCAUUUAACCUGAUGCUGAACUCUCUCCUACUAUCUUCCAUUGGCUUCAAACAUCAAGGGACAUUACUGCCAAACAGUCUCAGUCUCAACAGACCAACUGUUAAACUUCUCAGGAUGAGACUCAAGAAAAAUGGGUGUUGUUUAUCAGAUUAUGAAGGACUGGCCUCUGCUCUCCUACGGGACCAUGAGAGCGUUGCUGAAUUGACCUUUCUCUCAUCUCGCUGUGCCAAAAUCUUUUUUGUGAAAUUGCCAACAAAGAGAAAGCUCUCCUCCUCCCUCCUCUUUCUGAAGAAGUCACCUCCUUCAGUUAUUCCAGAAGUAAACCUAAACAAUCUCUCACCAUGUCAUAUUCUCCCAGUGGACAUGCCUCUCUUUUUAAGACAACUUACAAUAUAUAUCUGGCCUUUUUUGUUUCCUCAUUGUUCCUUUUUUUCGGACUACCUUUUUCAAAGGUGACCUAAGUGUUUUGUGCCAAAUCAAACCCACCACAGCAGAGGGUAGCAGAGACAUCCAGGUGACUUGUAAGAGGAAGUCUCUGAAAUGCCACACAAAGUCAGACAGGUACGCGACAAAUCUGCCAGCCCGCAUGAUAAAUCUAAAGCCAGAAGACCAUUGGAAACAGGUCCUUUCCAUCACAUGUAAAUGGAGAUUAAAUAAGUUUAGCAGCCUGUGUUUCCUCUCCUCAGAGCUUAAACCUCUGAACAGUUUGUCCGUCAGCCACCGACAUGGAGGCAGGUCGGUCUGCCUCUGCACUGGAGGAAAAUCUGGAUUUGUACAGUCACCUUUUUUUUUCAUUUCUUAUCCUCUGUGUCACUCAGAUCUGGAUUAUACAACAUUCUGCCUGUCUCAACAGCACAAACCAACACCUGACAGAGGAGUAUAUUUAAAAGCCAUCGGCAAGUGGUGCCAUAAAACAAGACUGAUAUCCAGAGUGCUUUGCUCCAUCCCAGUUGUAUGUGUCUUAAAAGCAAUAGGAAGAAGUCAGGACUCCUGUCUUUUGCUCACAAAAAUGGAGUGUUUUGCUCUUGGAAAGUGUUUGAUGUGGGAAAAGAUGUAUUAAAGGUCAUUCUCGUAAGACACCAGUCUCUGCUGCACAAGAACUUCUAUCUUUUCUCAACUGAACGUCAUGCUUUUUGGGAAAAAGGAAAGAGAGGACUCCACUCAUCAUCCCACUGUCUGGAAUACAGAGAGCCAGCUGAUGAUAAAAUGACAGAGACAUUUUUGGGAGGGAAAAUAAAGGGUUUUUGUCUCCCAGGUUAAUUUAUUUCCUUGUAUUAUAAUUCCAAUAAAUAAGUUGUUCUAUUCGUACAGUACAACUGACAUCAGUGUUUAGUUCCUCAAGAAAAAGGUCACUAGCUAUAUUAUUUAAAUGGCUUUCUUUCUUAAUUCUGGCUAAAGCCUGACUAUAUGCUUUUUAUUCUGUAUUAUGUUGUAUUUUGUGGUGCCCAAGCCUGCUGUCGUGUUGCUUACAGUGCCCUCUAGUGAUGACCAGUGGAAAAUGUCAUGAUUAUUAAAUGUGCCGCCAGUCACUCUGUAUUUUUCCAAAGCCUCUUCAGCAGUCAGUCAGACAUCAACUGGGAGGCCACACAAACACACAGGACAGGAAGAAUAAUCAGAAGCCAGCUCUGAAGGACAAUCAAAGGUUGAUUUUUGAUAAAGGGAGCAGACCUUAGGUGUACUUGUGUGUAUGUAUGUAGGUGUGUGUGUGUGUGUGUGUGUGUGUGUUGUCUGUGCUUAGAUUUGAACGUCUGUAGUUUUCCUCAGGUUCAGUGUUUGAUGGGAAUGUGAGGAUCUUUUAAGAAAGUAAUUCAACAAAAAUUACUUAUAUGGCCAUAUUAAAAUACCCAUAGUCAGAUGGAACUACAGUUCCUGCUGUAGUAGUGACAGUGUGUAUAUGUGUGUGUUGUCAGUGUGUGAAUGUACAUCAGUCUAAUCCAGCUGUGCCUACAGUCACUUAUUUUGGUCAUUUACUCCCAGGCAGAGCAGGGACGUGCCUUUGAAACAGCACCUGGGGAACAGAUAAAAGGGAAUGGCUCUUCUUCUUCUUCAUCCUGAAAAGUAAACACACCUGGUAACACACACGCACACACACACACUCUAAAUGCUUAUCAUUUUUAAUCAAUGUCAUCCUCACAGUUGUAGACUCGGCCUCGUAAAUGUUUGUCCGGGGGAAUAUUUUGCGAGGCUUCGGCAUUCCUCUUGUUCAGAUGAAUAUUUUCACUGAACACAAACAGACCAGGCAGCCUCCUGAUACAAGAGUGUGUGUGUAUGAAGUGUAGGGAGAGUGUUUGUGUGAGUGUGCCUUUGCAUUCAGCUACAUGCAGUAUAUUAUUCAGACCAGCUGGCCGCUGUUAUAAGAGUGUAUUGGAAGAACAUUUUCCCCAAAUCACAAAGCUACUUAAAACACAAGCAGAAACCACAAAGCUACUUCCUCAGCCAGGUGUCGAACAUGAACACAAGAGUGUUGGGUUUAUUUCAGGUCACCAAGUUGAGCAUGUAUGUUGAACCUGUUGUUCACAGUAGUGGUGUAAGCCUUAAUUCCCUGUCCUCUACCAUAAAAGCCCUUUUUAAUGGAAAAAAAAACAUUCCCAGUUUUUGAAUCUCUUUAAGUAAAUUUGCAUCUUAAAUUGAUGCAAUUAAAGCCCUGCAGAGAAUAGCACAAAACGGCACUUGGUCUGAAUGUAAAGAGAAUAUAAACAAGCCUAAAGAAAUGUGAUGUUUACUAUAACUGACAUUCAGCUCUGCAGUUUUGCAGGAAGAUGAGUGGACUCUCAGCGAAAGGAUGUAGAAGUGUUGGUUCUGUUUUAAGAAUCUCUCAUUAGUCAGUGGACGGUGACUGCACCAGUGAACAGUCAAUAGUAUUUGCUUGGUGAGGUGAUUUUGGUUGUUUUAACAGUUUCACAAGUUGGCCAGUCUCAAAGUGGAGUCUAGUAGUCAUCCAAUAAUGUGAAAUCCAUAGCAUAUUCACAAAAGAUAAGUCAUAUUGGCAAAAAUAUUCCCGAUCCAUAAAGUUUUGACUGUAAAUUGUUUGCCAUGAACACUGGUUUCCUGUCCAGAACUAUUUCAAUGCUUAAAUGAUGACUAUUAGGUAAUGUUUCGUAUUUUAUUGUACAUGGAAAGUGCUCUAGUUUUUUUUUUUUUUUUUUUUUUGUAUUUCAAAUGAAGUAUGGCCAAAUGACAAACUGUGCAGUGCAGAUGUUUAACUCGCAUCUUGAAAAGUGUGCAUCAAGUUGGAUGUUAGAUACAGUUGUCAACCUUAUACAAAGACGUAAACACACGCACCGGUCCAGUUCUUUUGUUGUGAAUGAGUUAAUUUUACAUUGCAAAUAGUUUUUUUUUCUUUCCUCAGCUUUGUUUUUGUUGCUUUUAAGAAGGAUAUGGAAAAUGUGAAUGUGCAGAUGUUCAAAUGUUCCAUUUUGUAUUAUCUUAUUUUUGAGAUCCUUUGCACAAUGUUUUAUAUAAAGGAUUGUGUUUACAGGUUUUGGAUAUAAGAAGGGUGAAUUUGAUCCAUUCCUGUGCAAUCGUGUCUAGAUGUUGCUCUAUAGUUUUCUUGCCAGUGCAGUUCCUGACAAACAAGAGGAAGGUGCUUGACUUUAUUCACUUCAAAAAAAGAAAAAAAAAUUGAACCCUCCUUUUCUUUAGGCAUCACUGAUCAGACAAGAGCAGGCUGGAUGUUGUUUGUACUGUAGGGACGCUGGUUUUCAGUCGAGCACAGCUUGCGAGGUCAGUGAUUGCAUCAGGGGAGGAAGGUUACACAAAGCUCAGACUCACGGCGUACGCUGCCUUGUCGUGAUUCGUUUUGUUCCCUCCUGUUGGAAGAACAAGCUAAGAAAUGUGAUCAGCUCUGACUGGAGAUAAAGGUGAACACAAUUUCAAGAGGAUCGUAAGUUUCGCAGAAUUACAAAUACUGUUUACAUCCCAGAUCCAUUGUCUUUGUAAAAUGUAAAGGUAUGAAAAAGACAUUUGCAGUGAUCACAGUAAGUUUCUGAAAUAAAUAAAUAAAUGCUCAAUCGAA